UUGUUGGCUUAGUCUUAUAAAUGGGGAGCAGAGAUACGAAAUUUUGGCUCAGUAAACUAAACGACGUAUUAUAUUUUUACUGCGUGGUUUGCCGGCCCCACGCCAUUAUUCACUACAAGAAAUCAGAACGUCAUCUCUUCCUUCCUUUUUCACCUGAGAAGCUUUUCACCUUCGCAACUUUCCUCUCAUUCUUGUUUUUCCCUUUAUUUUCCUCCCUUCACAGUAGUACAUAUAUACGUCGGUUUCCUUAAUCGCAUCAUCUUUACACUUUCAUGCUUUUAUUUGUAGUUUUGUUAUUGACACACAUUCUGUUUUCUUGUUGACUUCGGUCAACCUAAGUGCUCCAGGUGCUUUACUUUCUUGAUCAAAAAUUUAUAAUCAUCCUGCUUUUUUCAGUACGGAUUUCCCCUCUUCUUUGGGUUUGCUCCAUCUUAAAGGCAAAAAAGAUCCCACUUUUUUUUGGCAAGGUUUUGAGAUGUUAGCUGGUUAGAUCUUCAUUGUUUCUUCCAGGAAUUAUGGAAGCUGCAAGCGAAGCUGCUAAGAAACAUGCAGAGAAGAAGCGCCAAGGGCAAGGCCUCAUAGAUGCUGUGUUUUCUUGGUCUUUAAGAGAUGUCAUGAAUGAAAAUCUAUUGAAAGACAAGGUCAAAGAAAUUCCAAAUAGCUUCACAUCAACCACUCAAUACCGGAACUCAUUCGUGUAUCCACUCCUGGAAGAAACAAGGGCUGAUUUGGUCUCCAACCUGAAAAGCUCACUCCGUACAGCCCCUUCUUGCGAGGUGUCAGACGUGAAAAUCUCAAAGGGUUUCAAGCCUCCAAAGGACUUACUUUACACCAUUCGAGCUAAGAAGACAAUUGACAGUGAGGGCAGUUUCUUUAAUAAUGAUGAUGAGGGUAUGAAGCACCUGCCCUACAAUCCAGAGGUAGGUGACCUUGUUGCCUUCUCUGAUGUGAGGCCGAGGCGGAUUGAGGAUCUCAACCGGCCGAAGAUGACCUAUCUCUUGGCGGUGGUUCAAGGCCGGAAAGGCGGCGGAUCGUCUUCAACGUUUCCAGUCUUGGCUUCUAAACCAAUUGAAUUCCGGAAAGGGGACGCUUCGGUUGGGAUCAAAAGAGAUAAGCUUUUUGUUGUUUACCUUACGAGCUUGACUACAAAUAAUCGGAUUUGGAAGUCUCUGCACAUUGACCAGGAAGCUGCUAACUUUAAUAUCAUCAGAAACGUCCUUCAAAUCGAUCCCAAGGAUGAAGGAAACUGUCCAGUCUGCACCCAUGAAGAAACGAAUCUAAGGAAUGUCAGGGAAGCCAUUCAGCCAUUUGGCUUGGAUAACUCCCAAGAAGAAGCUGUUCUGAGCUGUGUAAAAGCUAGCCAAUGUCAUCACCAAAACAUAGUGAAGCUAAUAUGGGGUCCACCGGGGACCGGUAAAACAAAGACUGUUGCGUCCUUGUUAUCUGUCUUGUUCGACAUGAAAGUCAGAACGUUAACUUGUGCCCCAACUAACGUUGCUGUUAUCGGAGUCGCAAAGCGGUUGUUGGAGCUGAUAGGUGGCAAUCUCCAGUAUGACACUUACGGGUUAGGAGACAUUGUCGUGUUUGGUAAUGGGGAAAGGAUGAAGGUGGAUGACCAUGAUAAUCUCCGUGAUGUUUUCCUAAACCAUCGUGUAGCUGCUCUUGAGAAGUGUUUGUCGCCAUUGGUGGGCUGGCAGUCAAGUUUGAAUUGGAUAAUAUGCUUACUGGAAGAGCCAGAAGGGGAAUAUAUGAAGUUCUUGCAGAAAAAAAGAGGGAAGAAUAAUGCAAGCUCUGUUGACGAGGAGGGGAUGGAAUCUGAAUGCUCUGAAAAUGAUGAAGAAAGUGAUAGUGAUGAUGAUGAUGAGGAGGGAUUUGUCACCAAUGAAGUCAUGAGAAAGACCAAGGGGAGUCAGCAUUUUAGCAGGCAACUUGUGCUUCAGACCUUAAGGGAAUUGAAGAAAAAGGCGAAAGAUGAAUCUUCUUCUCAAAGGAGAGUGACUGUUGAUGAGGAGAUACUGGUUUUGACAUUUGAAGAGUUCAUGUUGAAGCAGUAUCAAAUGUUAACGGAUCAAUUGGACUUUUGUAUGAAGACUCUCUACACUCAUUUGCCCACAUCUUAUGUCCCCUUGAACUUGGCGAAGAAGAUGCUUAUAGCACUUGGAGUGCUCCAAUCUCUUGGCAAUUUGCUGAAAAAAGCUGUCGAAACUUGUGGAGGAAAUCUAAGAGAUUGCUUCAAUGGAAAAGACAUGCCUUUUAGUGCUUGGGAGAAGCAAUUCAAGGUAUUGCAGACUACAAAAACAGAAUGUGUUUCUAUACUGAAACUUCUUCGCGGCACCAUUUCCCUGCCAUGUUUUUCUGAAAGCUAUCAAAUUAGAAGCUUUUGUCUCAAAAACGCGGUCUUGAUUUUCUCCACUGUCUCAAGCUCAUCGGAACUGCACACCGAAGGCAAUGUUCCUAUAGAGCUUUUGGUUAUUGAUGAAGCUGCACAGCUUAAAGAAUGUGAAUCGACUAUCUCGCUGCAGCUUCCCGGCCUAAGACAUGCCAUACUCAUUGGAGACGAAAAGCAACUUCCAGCAAUGGUUCAAAGCAAUAUAUGUGAGAAGGUGGAGUUCGGGAGAAGUUUAUUUGAACGGUUAGUGAAAUUAGGACACAAAAGGCAUCUCCUCAAUGUUCAGUAUAGAAUGCAUCCCUCUAUUAGUUUGUUCCCAAACAAGCAGUUUUAUGAAAAUAAGGUGAUGAAUGGGCCUAAUGUCACAAAGGAAGGAUUCGAGAAGCGGUUUCUCAAAGGAGAAAUGUUCGGACCUUUUUCUUUCAUCGACAUUCGAGGAGGAAGAGAGGAACAGGACAUCAAACAUAGCAGUAAAAACAUGGUUGAAGUCUCUGCUGUUGCUGAAAUUGUUGCUAUGCUUUAUAAAGAGUAUGUAGCUUCAAAACAGAAGGUGCAUGUUGGCUGCAUUUCCCCUUACAAAGCUCAGGUUUUCGCAAUCCAACAGAAGCUCGGGAAGAAAUAUAGCACAGAUGUUGACAGCGAUUUCUGUGUGAAUGUGAGAUCUGUUGAUGGGUUUCAAGGUGGUGAAGAGGAUGUUAUCAUAAUAUCUACGGUACGGUCUAACGGAAGGGGAGCCGUUGGAUUCUUGUCCAACUUGCAACGCACGAAUGUGGUUCUUACUCGAGCAAGGUAUUGCUUAUGGGUAGUGGGCAAUAGCUCUACGUUGAUCAAUAGCGGGUCGGUUUGGAGGGACUUGGUGGUGGAUUCUAAGGCCAGAGGGUGCUAUUAUGAUGCCUGCAAUGAUAAGAACUUGGAGAAAGCUAUUGCAGAUGCAUCUGAUGAUCUAUCAAGUAAACUGUCAUCAAUGAGUCUUAAUGAUAGGUUUGGAUCUUCUUCUACAUCUAGGAAAGGAAUGUUUUCCAGAAGAACAUAGCUCACCAUGGAUGGUCAGCUAAGCUGCGGCACAUGCGAAGAGAAGAUAAAUAAGUUGACACGAAGGAGCUCCUAGGGUUUUGGCCCAUCUGACGCGUGGAGUGCAUGCUGGAGUGCUUUGAUUUAUGUGCAAGAUUGCUGGAUUGCUUUGAUUAGUUCAUGUCCUAGCGGUUACUCAUUUUUUGAAAUGCUUUUAUCUUACACAUAUAUGAGCACCACUUUUAAAAAAAUGAGUAUUUGUGUAACAUUAUAAAUGUGUACACAAAAUGAGGUUUAUGCUAUACCCAAAUGAGUAUAAUAUUUACACGAAAUGUACAUCGAUAUAACGUUUUAAGAUAAGCACUAUUACAGCUCACUAUUUAAUUACGAUGU